AGACUCAUUGUUUAUCUUCUCAACGUCGUGUCCUCUCGACAAUCACAGCCAUCAGAAUGUAUUUGGGAAACAGAUUGUCACCCUCAUAUAAUGGCUGGCAUCGAAGUUUGUGGCCUCGCCCUGGCCUCUUUUCCCCUCGCCAUCUCUGCACUUGAACUAUAUCGAGAGGCCGCUCAGGGUAAAUUACGGCUCGAGUGGCGAAAGGGCAUGAAUGAGCUCAAAUACCAUCAAUUGCUAUUUUCGAAGAACAUGGAAUUGCUACUUGCUCCUGUCGUUAACGAUGACGAGAUGCACCAGCUGAUGGCUUCGCCAGGUGGGGACAUUUGGAGCGAUCCUCACCUCGCAGGGGCACUAGAAGAGAGACUCAAAGACUCUUACAGCACAUACUUGAAGACCAUCUCUCUGCUCUUCUCGGCACUGGAUCAGUUGACCAAAGAACUAGAAGUGGCUAAAAGAGGCAUAAGUGAGCCUAGCAACAUCAAACACCAAAUCCUCCGUGCCAGGUUCGCCCUGCGCAAGCGCGUGCGCACGAACGCGUUUAAGGAUGUAGAGGAAUGCAACCGAAUCCUAGAGAAGCUCAUCCCUAAGAAUGAUAGUGUUUCGAUUUCGCAUCCUACCGCCAAAUUAAGGGUCAGGUCCGUAGAGGCUGCUCUCUUGGACUUCUGGCGCCAUGCCGACACGCUUUACAAAGCAUUAUUGACAGCUUGGAAAUGUGAUUGUCCAGACCGGCAUUUGGCUCACUUGGAAUUGCGACCGAGGUUGAGCGGUUCGGACCAAGAAGUCCGAUUAGUUCUAUCAACACACACCAUAAGAAAUGCUGCACCGGUAUGGUAUACAUUACCAGUCAUCACCAAGAUCGGGCAGGAGCCUAGAGAGCCUCCUAGCCGAGUAUCAUCGCAAUGGGAGGGGGAGGCAGAACCAGAACGGGCGCCAGGAUCGAAACGGAAGCUCACUGUCAGGUUCGCCCAUACUUCUUUAGCAAAGAAUCAGAUAGACAUCAACUCCAGCAUGUUAUUCGAAAACCGGCCGAUCGAUAAUCUUUGCGCCGCUCUGAGCAACAGUCCUGACAUUUCGAGCAUUGGAUACUUGAGAGAUCCGGAUGGUGGCCAGUAUUCUGACGAGUUUGAUAUUUGCCGUGGCGGACCGCCCAUCGCAGCACGCAAGCGCCUCUCUGAACUCAUGGGAGAGGGUGUCACAAGGUUGACUCGUCGGCAGCGCUACUACCUUGCAGUGACAAUAUCGUCGUCCUUUAUACAGCUAGGAGACACACCCUGGUUCCCAGAGACUUUGGAGAGUCUCUGGAGUACAGAUUCCAUAUUUAUUCCUGCUGAUGCCAAACACCCUGAUAUCUUUCUUCUUAACCGCCCUUUCAUUACACGACGCUUUGUCGAGGUACCAGCCUCUGAAACAUCUUCACGCAGGCAACUCAUUUUGGACAUGAACAGGCUAGGAAUCAUGCUGUUGGAGCUCUGCUUCAAUAUGACUAUCAAAUCCUGUCCUGCGAGGUCGCGGUUUCCUUCUUCGGAUGAUCCCGAGACCGACGCCGCGUUUGACCUGAUUGCCGCGCUGAAAUGGCGCGAAGAUGUAAAUGAAGAGGCCGGACAGGAAUAUUCCGAUGCUAUAGAGUGGUGCUUGGUUGGCUGCAGGAUGAUGUCAAUGACUGAUAAUGGCACCGGAGUGGCAGGUAAUUGGAGACGGCAAAUGCUCGAGAAGGUGACACUCCCUUUGCAGAGGUGUUUCCAAUAUCUUGUCAGUGAUGGAGCCUUUGACAGCUCGUUAAAUAUUCGUGAUCCCACAGAACCUAGGCAGGCACUCGCUCCAAGCUCUGCUGAGGUUUUGCAUGACGAACUUGAAUCCAUAAGAUAUAUACGCACUUCCACAGCUAGCUCUGUCGUGGAUUCGUGGGAUGAAGAUGAGCUUGUGUCACGAAGCGACGAUUUUACUCAGACUUCUAUAGAUCAGCCAAGCGAAACAUCUGGUAUAUUGGGUAUGAACAAGGUCCCACGUCAAGACCAUGAAGGACCAAGAACUGGAGCUGCGAAUGCUCAUAUCAUGAGCUCGUCUCAAGAUAUGGUUUCUGAGCAGUGGCAUCGUAGUCCUGAGUCCCAGUUACUUCCGGCGGCAGCGGCUAUUGAUGAAAAAUUCCAAACUCAUUCUGCCGGGAGGGAAAUAUCAGCUAAUGCAACAAUCGAAGAGAUUCGAAGGAAAGCUGGCCUUAUUGAAUGCGCACUCUUACUGCUAUCCUACAAUGACGGGGAGUACGAGGCUCUCAGUCGCACGCUUGCCACUAGGUUCAAGUUAUGGCUUUCUGUGAACGGGAUCUUUGAAGAGUCUCUCGUGGACAGGUUCUCUACGACCGAUGACCAUUCUCUCUUGUCUCUAUUCAUAAACAAGAUGGGACGUCUUGAACGCAUUCUUCCAGAUCCACUCGGUAACGAUCGGCCAUUGAGCCCGGGAUGGGAUGACCUACAAAAAGGCCGACAUCUGAUUGACUCGCUACACAGACUGGGCGAGGCAAUGAGAAUCGAGUUCCCAGCCAAUAGCCUUGUACUGCGGAUCAGAAACAUGCUUAGCAGGCAGGAAACUAGUCUCAUGGACAUAGUCAACCCUUCGAAUGUCAGGCAGGAGAUCAGCAAAUCGAUGUCAUACCUCCGACCAGAGCAGAUAGAAAGCUACAUUUCGCAGAUAUGCGAGGAUUAUAGCAUCGUAUUUGCGACAUUAGUUCUGCUAUACAAACCCGGCCGGAUAUUGGGCUUCGUCGAGGAGAAGAUCCGUGACGAUAUGCUUCCCAUCAAUGAAGAAUUCCUUGCCAAGGGCCAAAAACGACGGGGUUGGCGAUCUGAUGAUGCAGCGCGAUUCGUCCACGUUCAACAUUUGAUUCUCGAUCGACUGCAGGAGCUCUCCUCUGAAGAGACGAACCAGACGCCGUCCAAGGCUUCGAUAUCAUCGAUCCCGAUCUGGAACGGAUCCCCGAGUUCUUCGUCAAGGCAGGACUCGAACAAGUCAACUUGAACGAGUACGCGAAGUUUGAGGCAUUGUCGUAUGUUUGGGGAGACAACGAGAGUAAAGCUAGUGUUGGAGUUCAAAGGCGUCAUAGUACGCCAUCAUUAUCACCGAUAUCAAUCAACGUAGCCGUAUGGUUAUCUGAGACAGAUUUUACCAGUACCUUUAAUCCCCUAGAAUGGGAGGAUGUUGGCAGCCUCUCGAUUACCAAGAACUUGGCCGUUAUACCCGAUCGCCUACAGUACAAGGAUAAGCCACGGAUUCUUUGGGUGGAUGCCUUAUGCAU